AUGUCAACAGAAAGAUGAUUCCUAUCUACAAAUGCUAAAGAUAUUGGAACUCUUUACUUAAUAUUUGCAUUAUUCUCAGGUUUAUUAGGAACAGCUUUUUCAGUAUUAAUAAGAAUGGAGCUUAGUGGACCAGGUGUUCAAUAUAUAGCUGAUAAUCAAUUAUAUAAUAGUAUAAUUACAGCUCACGCCAUUUUAAUGAUUUUCUUCAUGGUCAACAAAUGAAGACUAUUUAAUCUUAAAUUUCAAUAUAGUUCUAUAUUAUGUAAUAACCAAAACAGUAAUAUUUCUAUUACAGAAAACAAAAAUAACAAUAAUUCUAAUAGAAAUAAUGACGAUAAUGAAAUACCUAAAUAUACUAAAAUAUAUAUAGAAAACCCUUUUAAUAAUAAAAAUCUUGUUUCAAAAGUAUCAAAGAAUCAAAAAGGUGUUUAUAUUUGAGAAAGUAAUAAUCAUGCUUACGUAGGACAUUCUAUUAAUCUAUAUAAUAGAAUAAGUUCUUAUUUUAUGCCUUCUAUUCUUAAAACUAAAGCACGUAGAGUACUACGUUAUUUUAAUAAACAUGGAUUUCAAGAUACAAAUCUAACUAUUUACAUAAUGAAUGAAAAUUCUAGCUUAGAUGAAAUUGUAAGAUUAGAACAACAUUUUAUUGAUACUUUAAACCCAAGUUUAAAUGUAGAUUUAGUAGCAAGUAGUUCAGGUUAUCAUGAACCUAUGAGCCAAGAAAUAAGAGAAAAAUUACGUAAACAAAGAGGUACUCCUGUAUAUAUUUAUAAUGCAGAGGAUUUCACUUUAUUAUAUGUAUUUGAAUCAAAACAACAUAUAUAUGAUUCAAUUAAUAUUCAUCAUAAAACUUUAAAUAAUUGUUUAAAUGGAGGUACAAUAUAUUUAGAUACUUUCUUUUUGUCUUUAGAUAAAAUAGAGGAAUCCGAAAAUAUAAAUUUAUUAAUUCUCGAAGAAUUAAAGGAAUUAGUAAAUAAAACCCGUGAUACAUAUGUGAUUAAACAUCCCACAUCUAUCUCAAUAUUGGCAAAAUUUAAAGAUGAUUCUAGUAAGAAUUUAUUAUUUCCAUCUUUAACUAGCUUAGCCAAUCAUUUAAAAGGAGAUCGUCAAACCAUUAGACAAUACUUAAAAGGAGAAAAAUCAGGUUAUUACAGAGGAAAAUGAAAAUUUAUAUAUAAAGAUUAA